CCCACCUGUUGCGCGGGGUGUCUGUGAGCCUGGGUUCGCCGAGCCCAGCAGCCCAGGAAGGCGCCUCUUUGCAGGGGUGGCCCCGGGCAGCGCGUUCCCCGAUGUCUCAGACAAAGAGCCCGGCUGCAGCUGCCGGGGAGCGGCUGGCCCACGGAUCCGCGGCCGCCGCGGCUUUCCCAGCCACGGCGGCGGUCCCCGCUGCCGCGACCCUGGCUGGAGGACGGGCGGGGAGGCUCCAGCCCCCUGCCCGGGGACCGCUCCGCCAGCCCGCCCGCUCCCUGCGCUCGCCCAGCGGCGGCGGGGGGCGCUCGCCAGGGUCCCCGACCCCGCCUUAGAAGUUCUGGCCGGCGGGGCUCGCCGGGGCUCGGCACCGGGCGCGGGGAGGGGGAGCCGCGGAAACCUCCCGCCGCGCCUCGGCCGGGGCUGCGGCCGCUCUUCAGUCCGAGGCCCCGGGAGCGGCCCCCCGCGGGGAUCCGGGCGUCUCUCCUCCCGGCGAGCUCCAGCCGAGCCCAGCCCCCGGCCCCUGCCCCGGCGAGCGGGAUGGGCAGCCCGGGCGAGCCGCUGCGAGGAUCCCCGACCUGCCCUGCAGAAACAUUUGCCGCGUAAAGCUUCCCGACCCUCACGUGCCCCAACGGACCCAGAUGUUGGUGCGGGCUCAGAGCUGCAGAACAGUGAGUGCAUGGGAGAAUGGUAGUGCGACCAUAAGAUCAUGCUCUACACAAUGACAUGUUGGCUUCCAGUCCUGGGCCUCCAUUGGAUUCUUCUGAGCACAGCCCGGGUGGCGGCCUGCCCGGCUCGCUGCGAGUGCGCUCCUCAGAUCAAGUCCGUGGUGUGUCAUCGCAAACGCCUCAGUUCCAUCCCCGAGGGGAUCCCCACCGAGACCAAGAUCCUGGAGCUCAGCAAGAACCGGAUCCGCUGCCUGAACCCGGGGGACCUGUCCCCUUACCCUUUGCUGGAGGAACUCGAUUUAAGCGAGAACAUCAUCGUCAGUGUGGAGCCUGGGGCCUUCAGCAACCUGUUUAACCUUCAGAUCUUGCGGCUCCGAGGCAACCAGCUCAAGCUGAUCCCUUCUGGAGUCUUCACCAAGCUGACCAAUCUCACCCUCCUGGACAUCAGCGAGAACAAAAUAGUCAUCCUGCUGGACUACAUGUUCCAGGACCUGAGGAACCUGAAGAACCUGGAGGUGGGAGACAACGACUUGGUGUACAUCUCCCAAAGGGCUUUCUCUGGCCUCCUAGGCCUGGAGCAGCUGACCAUAGAGAAAUGCAACCUGACGGCCAUCUCAGCCGAAUCCCUCUCCUACCUCCAAAACCUGGAGGUCCUGCGGCUCCGACACCUCAGCAUCUCCACGGUGGAAGAUGGGAACUUCAAGAAGCUCUACAAUCUCCUGCAGCUGGAGAUCGACAACUGGCCGCUGCUGGAGGACAUCUCGCCCACCAGUUUCCAGGGCCUGAACCUCACCUCGCUCUCCAUCACCUACACCAACAUCACGGCAGUGCCCACGGCCGCCUUGAAGAACCUGGUGUACCUCAUGUACCUGAACUUGUCUUAUAACCCCAUCAGCACUGUGCCCAAGGGCUCCUUCAAGGACCUCAUCAGGCUGCGAGAGCUCCACAUGGUGGGGGCCUUCUUGGUCUCCGUGGAGCCUCAAGCGUUCUCUGGUUUGAGGCAAAUCCGCCUCCUCAACCUCUCCAACAAUUUCCUUUCCACCCUGGAGGAGAGCACCUUCCAUUCAGUGAACACUCUGGAGACGCUGCGCGUGGACAGGAACCCACUGGCCUGUGACUGCCGACUCCUCUGGAUCCUACAGCGCCGCAAGACGCUCAACUUCGACGGGCAGCAGCCCAUGUGCUCCUCACCCCCUGAGAUCCAGGGCAACGCCCUGCGUGACUUCCCGGACUCCAUACUCUUUGAGUACUUCACCUGCCAAAAGCCCAAAAUCAGGGACCGAAAGUUGCAGCACAUAACAGCCCGUGAAGGGCAGUCUGUCUCCUUCCUCUGCCGUGCAGACGGAGAGCCCGUUCCUGCCAUCGUCUGGGUCUCCCCUCAGCACAGGAUGAUCACCACCAAGAGCACUGGACGAGCCACCGUCCUGCCCGGGGGCACGUUGCAAAUCCGCUUUGCCCAGGUCCAAGACAGUGGCACCUACAUUUGCAUCGCUAGCAAUGCCGGAGGCAAUGACACCUACUUUGCCACCUUGACGGUCAAGGGGCAUCCCGUGGACGGCUCCCUUUAUGCAAACCGGACCUUGUACCUCAGCGAGUUCAACGACACCUUCCACAACAACACGCAAGUCUUCUUAAAGUUUACAUUGGACCUCAAGACCAUCCUGGUCUCCACGGCCAUGGGCUGCAUCACCUUCCUUGGGGUCGUGCUCUUCUGCUUCCUGCUCCUCUUUGUGUGGAGCCGGGGGCGGGGACAGCACAAAAACAACUUCACCGUGGAAUACUCCUUCCGCAAAGUGGAUGGCCCCACCACCACCGCCGGGCAGGGCAGUGCCAGGAAGUUCAACAUGAAGAUGAUCUGAGCGGCCCCAGGAGGAGGGUGGUUGCUAGUCCACUGCCUGCCGCCAAAUGGGGCCCUCCAAGAGCCCGGCAGGGGGUAGGAGCAUCCUUCCUUUGUUUUCCAAGUGACCACUUCGUCUGGUCAUGUGGCUUCACUCCUCCGAGGAUCGAGGCAGUAAAACUCGCGGAGGAACCUGGCUGGGACAUUGGCUCGGUUCGACCACAAGGGCUUGGAGGUGACUGGGAGGAGCGAGCGGUUUUCCUCGUUGGCCUUGAACUGAGCAGAAGCAUCACUGGAAACGGCCCCAGGGGCCUCCCAGCGGCUUAUUCCCAUUUCUGAGCACACCCCACCUUCUUUGAACAGUGAGAUCCCCCCCCACCCAGGUCCCAGAGGGCAAGAGCGGGCCAAGGAGGCAUGCACAGCCCUUGUGGGUCAGGGCCUCGCGAUGUAGCUAACAUUCUUUUGUAUCAACUAUGCAUUUUUCAGACCUUGAGCAAGCAGUGUCUGGGCCCGGAAAACCUGCUUCCUUUUUUAAGAGACCAUCUGGAACCUUUUCUCGGUUGUUGUUUAUGGUUCGUUUUUAAUUUGUUGGGUUUUUUUUUUUAAAUGAAUUUCCAACAGACGUCUUCCUGGGCGACAAAGGACUCCGGCAGAGCAGCUCCCGGCUGCCUUGGCAUGCGCUCCAACCAGCCUGGGCGGCUCAAUCCAACGCAGGGGAGGUGCUGUGCUCAGAGGAGUUCCUCUCGGCAUUCGGAAGAAGGGGCGGCAAACCCCGGCGCCUGGGGAGGGAAUCCCCCUGCACAAGCAAUAAUAACCCAACCCGACAGUCCCUUCCAGACAUACGGGUCUGUGCAGGCAUGAAUGCCACCCCAUUGGCGCUGAGCGGUAUUUCCCCAAAGCACACUGGCAUUUGAAGCCAGCGAGCAGGCUGCUGGUUGUGGUAGCAGCAGAAACGGGAAGCGCAGCCCCUGUGAGUAAUGGUCAGGCCUCGGCAGGCUCAGGGCCGAGCUAGCUGGCCCGCUCGCAGAGGAAAUCACCACGGUAAAAAAAAUGACACUGUCUCGACUGUGUCUCUCGCUGCUGCUGGCCUCUCCGCUCUGUUCCGUCCCUGCCCCUCCCUCUGGCUCCACCUCCACUCCAUCCUUUCUCUCGAGGCCCCGCCUCUUCCCCGCCCCCUCCCUGAGGCCCCACCCUCAUUCUGGCUCUUCCUGCCCACGCUCCACCCCCUCCCCGAGGCCCCUGCCAGCCUGCCGCUCUCCGCCCUCCCCCAAGUCCCUCCCCAAGCCACCAAACAGCUGUUUGGUGGCGGCCACACGGCAGAACAGCUCUUCGGCAGCGGCGCCGUCCCAGAGCUGUGGCUGGUGGGUGUUGAGCAUCCAUUAUUUUCCCCAUGGGUGCUCCAGUUCCGGAGUACCCACAGAGUCGGCGCCUACAUGGGGAGAAUCCCCCAUCCCUGUUCUCGGUGGAGCUGCUCCCAGAGGACAGCAGGGUGGAGCUGGGCACACAGUGGGGAGGGAUGAUGAGGAGCUGCUCUGGCUCCCCUGUGGGAAUGGAGGAUACUCAGCCCCUGAUCCUGUUGGGGGUAAAGAGGCCCUGUCACCCAUCCUGGAUGAAAGGGGAAUGUUUUGUCUGGCCGUGCAUCUAACUGCCCAGCUGAUGAGUAGUUACCCAGUUUGCCUCGAUUGCCAUGGCACUUGUGUGUGCAAAUUAGGUGUGCGCUUAUGCUUGCACUAAUGGGCAUGCAGAAAUGCACGGGCAGUUUGGAGACCCUGACUCUCUGAGAGGGCACCCCCAAAUCAAAAGAGGCAGCCACCAGUGUAAAAAGAGAAGUCCUGACCUGUGGAGCGAGAGAGUGAGCCAGAGAAACAGAGAGUCAGACCCAGGCCGCAAGAGAGAGCACCUGAGCUAUGCAAUCAGAGCCAGAUCCAAAGCCUGAGCCAUGUAAAGAAAGGGUCACCCCAAAAACCAGCUGGUCUUUUCUCGAAGCGAUCUCCAUUUAACCCACAAGCUGGUCUGGUCCUUUGGCUUGCAAGGUCUGCCAGGUCUUCAGAGACCAGCGAGGCAGUGGAAAAAACCAUACCAGAUGUUCCGUGCCUGUAGGGCUGUAACAAGGCUGGAAAAUAAACAGCUAUUUAAACAAUAGCAUAACAAAGGCACGCUCCCGCCCCUCCAACCCGCAGAGAAACGCAGGCAGAACCGUUAAGCACAGCAAACGCCACUGCGGCGUUAGCCUCCUCAAUUAACCCUUCCACCCGCGGCCACCGAGGGGCCGAAGGUCCCAGCCGUGUGAGCGCACCUGGCCCAGAUGCGGAUAAUAAUUCUUCUUGCUGCUCCAUUUGUGCCACGGCAUUUUCUGUUCACAACUUUGAGUUGAAGGGAAAACAGGGAUCAUGUCAGACAAAGCGGGUCCAUAUAGCAGGAGAUUUUUUUUUUUAAAGGAACCCCGGGGAGGGGGCAGGGCGGCAAGUGACUAUCCCAGGUGGGCAUGAACUGGAUUCGGGAUUUGCCCAGGAUCUGUGGGUGUUUCACAGCUUUCCCUCUCCAGCCCCACAGAGCGAUGCUAACAAGUCACACUGCUGCACCUCUUCCCCGCUGAAGGCCAUGUUUAGAGGGACGGCAUUUCUUUACAGUGCAGCCGGCUCAUCAAGCCCGUUUCACCGGGAAGGUGCCGCUUCUGUUUUAUUAUCCUCCCGGCCCCUGGCUGUUAUGACGCAGAGCUGGCUGGAUAUCAGUCUCUGACCACAUUACUCAGCCCAUAAUGUACCCAGCAAAAUCGUUCUGCUGGAUGGUUCUACUAUUAAAGUCAUUUGGGAGGGACCCCAGGGCAAGCCAUGGCCCCGCUCUUUGCCCCAUUUUACUCAUAUGUAAUCAUCCGUGCUUGUUAAUGCUAAUUCGGCACCCUCAAUGUGUAGGUCCCUUACAGAGCAGCUCGUAGGGGUGCUGUUGCACCUUAAUUCAGGAUUUAGUGGGUGCAAAGCACUUUGAGCUCCAUGAAGGAAAGGCCCAAAAUAAGAGCAUUAUAACAUAAUAUACUGGUUAGUGUGUGCGCAUGCACAGCACUGUCCUCUACUGGAUGGAAUGGGAACUGCUCCACUGAGUGUCAUAGGCCCUAUACUGCUAAUGGAGAUUUGCAUUUAGCUUGAGUGGCAGGAGUCUGUGCUUCCGAAGCAGAAGCAGCUGGGGUCUAGCUCCGCUGCGGUCUGAAGUCUUAAGUAGAGCAGUGCAAAUAAUGGGUUGGUUUUUUUGGUUCACUGGCAGUUCUGAAUGGUGGGGAGGUGGGGGGGGCGGAAUUAAUUUCAAAUCAAAUCAAAAACAAAUUUUUUAAAAAAACGUUACCAAAUCAAAAUAGCAAAAACCAUGGUUUGGGUCAAAACAAAACAUUUCAUUUCGACUGUGUGAGGGGUUUGGGGUGUUUUUUUUACAAUCCCUUUUAAGGCAGUUUUCAAACAAAACAUCAUUUUGAACUGCAGAAGUUUAAACCUUUUGACUUUCGCUGAAUUUUUUUCCCAACACAAUCUAACUAUGCGCUUUGGUGUUGCCAAAUCUGCAAUUUUUUUUCCCCACCGAAAAAACAAAACAAAAACGUUUUGGCUGAAAAGUUUCACCCAAUGCUACCCUUAAGUAGCCACAACGUGCAGCAUCAGGAGCCGUAUUUAUCAGCUCCAACGGUUUUAUCCCACAUUGGACGUCCCAGGCCUCCUCGAUCUGUGAUAUCAUUUUCCCCACAGACAGAAAAUCUUCACUUCACAUGGGGAACGAGCAGGAGGCAAAGGUCUUGAAUGCAUGCAAAGAAAGUGUCCUCACUAAUGAGGAACAAGGGGAGCGGGAGGGGGACUAUAUAGCUGAUGGGCCUGAUCCUGCUGCUUUGAAGUCAACAGCACCAGAGGCAUCAGAGGAAGCAGGACUGGGCCCAGAAUCCCAUGCUGGCAUGAGUCAUCUGUGCAAUAUUUUUCAGUUUCACUUUGCAGAGUUCCUGCAGAUUUUGUCUUUGAUUCCCAUCCAGAGAGGAUCCACCAGGCAGCUCAGCGAAUGGUUGCUCCCCUGCUCACUGUGGGUAGAAGGGGUGAAGGACUGGAGCCCAUCUCUUCCUUUGUUUUUAAAUCAUGUCAUUUCCCCUUAGUUUUUGAAAAAAAUGGAAAAAUAAAAAGGUCAAAUCUUUCAGAGCAAAUUUGCAAACCCGGCUACUCCCCAUCAGCAUUAGCCCCGGUUCUCUAACCCCCGAGCCAGAGGCUGUGCAUUGCACUGGGGAAUCUCAGCUCCCUCUGCUGCACUCCAACUCAUCUGGCCCACAAUAUGUGCCUUGCAGUGUGCAGACUGGCACAAUCAUUUUCACUAGCAUGGGUCCGUGCAAACCAUUCCUAAGGGCAGCAGGAGUAACCGUGAACAGGACUGGGGAUCAGGCACCCUGGGUUGUUGCUGGGUAACUUUGGUGAAUCUAUGUCCGCUGUGUGUGUGUGUGUGUCCCAGGGAUCUUGACACCACUCCGGGGUAUCUGGGACAAGCAGAACCGCUUGCAUGUUUUGGGCUGAAUUUUAUAAUGGCUGUUGGAGAAAACCAAAAAUCGUGAAUCGUCUGUGCCUCACGGGCACAAGAACAGGACAACAGGUCUCCUCGAGUUGUCGCCUCCAUCCAAGAGCUGAAGUGCGGAGUGGUGUUAUUAUUACGUUCAGCCCCAUGAAUGGCUCCCGGGGGAGGUGUUAACAUAGCCCAUGAUAAAUUGUAGGCAUGAAUAUACAUGCAGAUUAACAUGCGUGCUUGGCAUACAGAUACCAGCCUCUGCACGAGCACCUGCUCCCAUCCCCGCUGCUCUGCACCAAGGACCUCAAGAGACGCUAUCCUCCCCCCCCGCCCACCCUCCACCAUCUCCUCCCCCGCCUCCUCCCCCGCCUCUGGCACCAUCACGGACUUUCUCUGCGAACGUUCACACGGGAGAUGUUAGUUUCUUGGCUCCCCUGGUGGAUUAAAACAGGUCUCAGAUGCUGAGACGCCCCCAGGAAGGAGACUGGGAGGCCUGACACCCUCUCCCCUGGGGCAGGUGGGUGGCUUUUUGCCCCCGCCCUCCUCCUUUAUUUUCACAGUUUUUUCCUCUCCACUUUCUCUUAAGCCCUUAUGUGUUUUCUCCCCCUCCCUUUGCUCUUGAUGCUGCGUCCCCUGCGCCAUGACACACCUGCCGGGCAGCAGCUACCCCAGCUGCAAGGCCUGGGAAUGGGAAGACGGCCCUCCUGACUGACUCAGACCCUCCAGCCCAGACACGUUGGCCGAGGGGUUGGUGCACCGGGAGUAGGUCAGGGCAGGCAGCAGACCCCGGCACUGUGUGCCCAGGGGCACCAGGACCCUGCCCGGAUGUUAUUUUGUGAAUGUGUUUUAGGCACAAGGGGUUUGACAAUUUAAUCCUAAAAGGCACAAGGCCAAAUUCCUUCCUGGAUGAAAUCCACUGGCCUGGGUGAAGUUACAGCCGGGAUGAGUCUGCCCGUUCACGUAGCCCACACAGAGGAUGUUAUGGAACCCGAAAGGGUCACAGCAGCAAUUCAGGUUGAGCCAGAGAAUCAAAUGGCCUGACUGGUUCAUCGGAGGCACUGAGAUCAGAGAUGGACAAGACCUAGGUCAUCUAGUCUAUCUCCUGCACCUCGUGGGCUUUAGGGCCUCUGCUCCAGAGCUUUGGCCAGCCCCGGGUCAAAUGACUCACGCAAUGUGGCUUCUGACCUCUGCCUGGGGAGCCUGUGUGUUCCCCAUUGCUCACCCUGUGUCCCGUUCCCCCUGGCCUCUCCCAGUGCUGCCCCAGUGGGAGGAAGCUCAGGAAGGGGAACCAGCCCUGAGGAGUGCCCACAAGCAGCUGGAAAGGCAGGCAUCACUAGGACCCGGAAAGAGAGGGCAAUAUGGGGGAUUGCCCCGCGAUCCAGCAGCUGCUCUCUGGGACCAUGUCCUUCCUCAGGGCCUGCAGUCCUCGGAGACUGGGCCAUCAGCAUCAGAGCCUCCCAAAGGUGAGCGGGAUCCACCUUCAGGCCGUCCCGAAUGACUUACCCUGCUAGAAAGUAAACAUUCCACCUCUGUACGUGACGCUUUGUCAUCGUCCCUCUCUGGGGCUUGCCCUGGCACCAGGGGCGAGCCCACGUCUCUGCUGAGGCCAUAUGGCCUGCAGCCGGUUAGCACACAGGCGACCCGCAGAGCUUGGGUGGGGGGGGUCUUUCUUCAGCUGCCAGCACAGUGGCAUGGAACUGGUCAGGCCAGGCUCUGUCUGCCAGGCUCCACAGACAGACAUAGGCACCAUUGGGGUCUAGCCCUGACUCUGAGCCCGCCCCACCAUGCCUUGGCACAGCUGGGCUCACAUGGGUGCCAGGCCUCACCCUGCGAACGAGUGCGGCCCUACAUGUUGAAACAGACCCUUUAGUUCAAACCAGGUCAGGGGGAUCAUCCCCAACAGAAGCCCCCACCCUCCACGUAGCCGCAUCACCCCCUACUCAGCCGCUGCCGGCAGGCACCAGGGAUGCCGGGGCGCCCCUGUUUGUGAGGCUCCGUGGCCCUGCCUGGAUUGAGAAGCCAGAAGCGUGGGGCAGGGAGGGAAUUCAGUCCCAGAUGGGACUGGGGCUGGGUAACCAGGGCGGGGGCCGUAACUGAAUGGCAGAAGACAUGAAGGAGAUGGACGGGCUAUGCACGAGCCCCUCGACCAAUUCCCCCUGGCCACGCCACCUCUUCACACACGCAGCCCCAACGGCCUAACCAAAGGCAGCAGCGCCCAGAGACCAACCUGCCCAUGUCACAGGGACAAGCAGAAGAGCGGGGCUGACCCCGCACCCACACUGAAUUGGGGGGCAGCACCCAAACAUUGUGGCUUGAGUCCCUCUCUGCAAGGGUCUAAUGAGCACGCCCCAUCCAAACAGCCGCAAGCUGUGACAUUCAGAUCCUACCCCAGAGCUGCCCGCCUGGCCUCUGAUGUCAACGCGGCUCUCUUUCCUUUGCCCCGAUUCAUUCAUCCACUGCUGAAAAUGCCAACAUGUCUGCCCUCGGACUGCCAGCAGCUGGGAGCCACCUGCAAGCUUUUCCUCCCCACCAAUGCCACCGCUGAUCCCUCCUCCAGCCCCCAGCCCACCCCCAGAGAGCUAUGCAUGCCACGUUGUGUCAGGAGUCCAAGUGGUGUCGUCCACGCAGUUAGCAAGUCCAUGGUCAGUGUCCGGGGUUUUUUGGGGGAGGGGCGGUGAAAACUUAAGAGCUGGGAAGCCCCGGAUGGUUCCUAUGGAAGGCCUUGUCCGCACAGAACAUGUCCGGUUUCCUAUGUAACAAGCAUGUGAAAUAUACCUGAGAAAAGCAA